AUGAAUCGAAAAGGGGCUCAUUUUGACUGUGUGACGCAGUUUGAGGACCGAGCCAGUGAAGACCUGCCAAGUGAGGUCAACAACCUACAGGGGGCGCCAGGAGUGAGAAAAGGACUGCAGUACUGCACAGCAGCAGCAGGAGGCGCUCAGGAGAUAAACCCCACCAGUGGCGUGUUUAUAAACAUUCUCACACUUCAGGAACACAUGAAGGAAACCAUCCUGGAGCCACUUGAUCACAAGAACCUGGAUCAGGAUGUGCUCCAUUUUGCUGAUGUUGUAAGUACAACUGAGAACGUGACAGUGUACACCUGGGAAAACCUCCAGAAGCAUCUGCCCGCGGGGGCUCUUUAUAAGGUCAAGGUGUAUGAAUCCAAGCAGAACGUCAUUGUGUACAAUGAAGAAGAGACGGCUCCACUGGCCUCAAUGUGUGACCGGAGCGCACACGGCGUAAUCAGGGACUAG